AUGGAGCUAGCAGUAAGGACAGCUGUCACAGUGACUGCGUUGCAUGUUUCAGAUCUCUCUGCCUGGCGCUCCACAAUGGCGGAAGCACCAGAAAAUGAUGCCUUGUGCUGGUUUGUGUUCAUCCUCGUGCUUUCCGCGCUCCUGGGCUUCGACGCUGUUUACUUGGCGCCCGUUCAUGUGCAGCGCAUGCCCAAUCAGAUUGCCAACAAAAUGUCUGGCUUUUGGUUGAGUAUUGGGCUUGCCUUCAGCUGCUGGAUUUGGAUGCGUUCUGGCUGGGAUAAUGCCUCCGGUUUCCUGCAAGGCUUUUUCCUGGAGUACAUGCUCAGCUUUGACAACCUGUUCGUUUUCCACAUGAUCUUUGUACACUACUGCACGCCCGAUGCACUGCUUUACCGUGCCUUGUACUUCGGCAUUGCCGGGGCCAUCGUCCUUCGCAUUCUCAUGAUCUCGGUAGGCUACUCACUGGUAAACACUGGGGUCUACUUGGUGAAGGUUUGCUUUGGCAUAGCUCUGAUCUACAGUGGCUACAAGUCAGCUGUGAUGGAGCAUGAGGAUCCCGAUGUUGCCAAGACGAACCAAUGUGCGUCGAUCAUGACCAAGGUCCUUCCCAUCAGUGACCACUACGAGCCCAGAGGCCACUUCUUCAUGGACGUGGAGGACCGUGGUGAUGGGCCGAGUGAGAUGUUCUUCGACCGGGCACGGCAGAUCGAGCCACGUGAUCGGAGCAACUCUCUAGAUGGCCUACUGAGUACGCCAUCCAUCGAUUCAGAAUCGGCUGUGGCCAACUUGCCACGCCUGGAAUCCUUCGAAGGCAGCAGCCUUCUCCGCGACGCGCCCUCGCGCGAAGUCACUGCCAGCCGACCGGCGGCGGUGCCAGCGGCAGCGCCGCGGCCGGACCGAAGACAUUUUCGGGUCAAGGCAUCCUUGUUGCUGCUGGUUGUCAUCGCCUUGUGGGGGGUGGACUUGGUCUUCGCCAUGGAUUCGGUGGCAUCCAAACUCGCCUCAGUAAAUGACAUUUUCUUGAACGUGUCCUCUUCUGCGUUUGCAUUGCUCGGCCUGCGGCCUUUGUACUUCGUGAUGGAGAACAUGGUGCAAAGCUUUCACAUGUUGAAGUACGGCAUAGCCGCAAUUCUGGUCCUCAUCGGCCUCAAAAUGGUCCUGUCUGUGUGGUUUAACAUCUCCAACAGUGCCACUUUUGUCUUGAUCCUGCUCAUUUGUGGGACCAGCAUGGCGUCUUCUUACUGGCUCCCCGCCGUACGGCAAAGUUGUACAGCUUUUGCUGCGGAGGAGGAUGUGUUGGAGACGGUCCCAGAAGGUGAGGAAACUACUGCCUUCGAGCAGGCUUUGCAUUGGAUGAUUGGUCGAGUGGACUUUUGUUGA